CGGACAGUGCGUGUUUCGGGACAUUGCUUCGUUGUUUCGAAUUUCCACGUUUAGCAGCCACUCGAUGGCACGCGACUACUUGCUGUUUUGGGAUAUCGGCAAUAUAAAUCGUCUUUUGUUCCCAAGGCGAGACGUGGGGGUUUGCCUUCGGCGACCCCACGGGGCAAUGAGGUAGUCUCGGCUGGAGUUACACCAGUUCUACUAUCUUGUCGAUCGCAUCCGGCACAAACUUGCCGAUCGCGAUGUCCGUUUCCAGGGCACAGGGUCACUUCAACACGAAGCUGAAGCACGGUAAUGGGUUUCAGCAGACGCUUCUUUUGAAUUCUCGCCAAGGUCUAACUCUGCCAAGCUGCGGCCAAGGCUAUCGCCAAGAGGCUCCCGUCGAAUGGCAUCGGAGAAUUCAAGGGUUCAGUCUUGGUGCGGCGUUCAAGCAACGACGAUCAGACAUCCCUUUAAAGGUCGACUAAGCCUUUUUAAGGUUGUCUUGGAGGUGAUCUUUUUGCUUCUUGGCCCCUGUCUCCAGAAUAACGAUCUGCUCUUGGCCAGCCGGCGAUGGAUAGAUCGAAGUUGAUAUCAAUCUCCUUCUCGGCCCAGCCAUUCCUUCCUCUCUUCUUUUCAUUCCAGGACUCUGGCAGCCCCGGUUGUUUCGCUUCUGCUGUUUUUCUUUCUCUUGUCUCUGUUCUUCUAUUCGGGCUCUGGCAGCUUGUGUUUUUUGUUUUCUUUUCCAUAAGCCUUUAGUUUUUUUGGGGUCUCUCUACCCUUCUCACCAAGCUGUCGUUACUUGCAGGCCAAGGGAUAUCGCCAAGAUGCCAACCCUGGAUGUCAGCGAGCUCAACACUGUCUUGGCCGUGUUGGGUGCCUUCAUCUCGCUCUACGGUAUCAUUUCAGUCCUCAUCAAGAGCAGAUGGUUUCUAGGAGAGGCUCUUCCCGCCGUCGUCAUCGGCAUCAUCCUCGGUCCCAUCGCCGCCAAAUUCCUCGACAGCUCUCGGUGGGGAUCCGCGGCUGAGGGGCAGACAAGCGACAUCACGCUGGGUAUGGCUCGGGUUGUCAUCGGAGUGCAGCUCGUCAUUGCUGGCUUCCAGCUGCCGGCCAAGUAUAACCUGCACAGGUGGAAGGAAAUGGCCCUUUGCCUUCUCCCUAUCAUGACCAUCAUGUGGUUGUGCACCACGCUCUGCCUGCUGGCUAGCGUGCCCAACAUCACACUACUCGCCGCCCUGGUCAUCGGUUCUUGCGUGACAUGCACCGACCCAAUCCUCUCACAGGCCAUCGCUAAGGGGCCGUUUGCCGACAAGUUCGUUCCCCGUCAUCUACGCGAGAUUAUUUCCUCCGAGGCUGGCGCCAACGACGGCUUCGGUUUCCCCUUUCUCAUGCUUGCCGUCUAUCUCAUCCGCCAUGCCGAUGUCCCCGGUGCCGGGGUCCAUAACACCGGAACCGUUGGCGAGCGAGCGGCUCAGCUGGUAACUCGCGCAGGAGACGUUGGGAGACUUGGCGGGGGCGUCGGUGUUGCCUUGAAGAACUGGUUUGUCGAGACGUGGCUGUACAUUGUGCUCAUGUCGGUCGUCAUUGGAGCCAUUGUCGGCUACAGUUCGUGCCUGGCUCUCAAGUUCGCCCUUCGCCGCAAGUGGGUCGACUCGGAGAGCUAUUUGCUCUACCCAACGGCCAUCGGUCUCUGGCUCGUCGGCAUUUGCGGCAUGCUCGGCACUGAUGACCUUCUCGCCUGCUUCGUCGCCGGAAACGCCAUGAACUGGGACGGCGAGUAUCUUGGCGAAACUCUGGAGCGCCACGACGAAGUCAACUCUUGCAUGGACGUGCUGCUCAAUUUCGGUGGCUUCAUGUACAUUGGCACCAUCAUCCCCUGGUCCGAGUUCCACCAACCCGAGACGACCGGUCUUACCUACGGCCGUCUCAUUGGCCUCGGCGUCCUAGUACUGCUCUUCCGGCGCAUUCCCGCCAUCUUCAUGUCCUACAAGUUCAUGCCCAAAGUGGUCAAGGACUGGAAGGAAGCCAUGUUCAUGGGCUACUUUGGUCCCAUUGGCAUUGGAGCCGUUUUCUACGUCGAGCACACCCGCCACCUGUUUCCCGAACUCGGCGAGGGCGACGCAGAGGAGACGAACCUGGUACGCGUUAUGAUCCCGGUCGUUUACUGGCUCGUGCUCUUCUCCAUUGUGGUGCACGGUCUCUCGAUUCCUUCUCUCAAUAUGAUCUACAGUUACUACGGUGUCAAGCCCAUCGUCGAAGACGCCGUCGAGCUCCCUCGCAAAUCGAUGCGCGCGCCCACGCCGGUAAAUGCUGCCGUUGGCGACCGCGAUACGUUUAUCGCGUACAAUCGUUUCUCCCGUCCGGUCUUCGACAACGCUGAUCUACCAGUGGCCAACGACAAGCAAAUGUACGCAUCAGAUAGCGAUGAGAACUUUCAGAAGACGAGAGUGGGGAAGCGGUAUUCCCGAGCCAUGGUCUAGUCUUACCGGAAGUACUUUAGAGUUGGGUAGAGACAAUAUAGAGCCGGGUAUAGAUAGAGGCGCAGCUUGUACAGUCAUUACAGCAGAUAAAUGGAAUAGUACCUCCCGCCAGUCGUUCAUCAAGGGUUGCUGGACAGUUCGAUAGCUACCAAGAGAUGUGUCAAAAUAUGAGUAAGGUACCUACCUAGGUGACUACUAAAAAUAGAUGUCUUCCCC